GCUACGUAAAGAUGGCGGCGUCCACAUCAAGUCGUACUGCACGCUUAAUAUCAGUUGCCUUAUCCACUGGACCUUUCAAAGUAUCUGGUUUUGUCACUUCAGUAUACGGUGAUGCACGGGUCCUGACGUUUACUGGAACACGUUGUUAUUCAUUUGUUGGUCAUGAGAGGUGUUGGAAAGCGGCAAGCAGCGUGACAUUGAGGAGGUUGUCAUGGUCCAAGGCCAGGCAUGUUCUCAGUGCUCAGCCCUUCCACACCAGUGCAGUCUGUCAGAACAAGGAGGAUCUGUACAAACUCUUGGGUGUUCCGCGCAAUGCGUCGCAGAAAGACAUCAAGAAGGCAUAUUACCAGAUGGCAAAGAAGUACCACCCUGAUACCAGUCCAGAUGACCCUCAAGCAAAAGAGAAGUUUGCCAAAUGUGCAGAGGCAUACGAGGUGUUGAGUGACGAGCUGAAGAGGAGGCAGUACGACACGUACGGCUCGGCCAGCGGUCCGGGCCAGAGCAGCGCCAGAGAGCAGCAGUUCUGGAGAACGGGCUCCAACGUGGACCCCGAGGAGCUCUUCCGCAAGAUCUUUGGCGAUUUCACCGGAGCGCGGGGGUUCGGAGAUUUCGGCUCCAUAUUCGAGCAGCCUCCAGAGUUUGUGAUGGAUCUGACGUUUACUCAAGCCGCCAAGGGUGUCAACAAGCCGAUAACGGUCAACCUGGAGGACACGUGCCCGCGUUGCGAUGGCAAAGGAAAUGAGCCUGGCACCAAAGUCCAGCACUGCCACUACUGCAAUGGCACAGGCAUGGAGUCUGUGAACACGGGUCCCUUCAUGAUGCGCUCGUCCUGCCGCCGGUGUGGGGGCCGCGGCUCUAUCGUCAUCACGCCCUGUGCCCUGUGCCGGGGCCGGGGCCUGACCCAGCAGCAGCACACCGUCACGGUGCCGGUACCGCCUGGUGUGGAUGACGGCCAGACUGUGCGGAUGCCUGUGGGGAAGAAGGAAAUGUACAUCACGUUUAGAGUCCAGAAGAGUCCGGUGUUCAGACGCGACGGUCCGGACAUCCACUCGGACGCGUUCAUCUCCGUGGCCCAGGCCGUCCUGGGGGGCACGGCCACCACGCAGGGGCUCCACGACCCCAUCAGCAUACAGAUCCCUCCCGGGAUGCAGCCGGACCAGCGCCUCAGGCUGCAGGGCAAGGGCAUCCAGCGCAUGAACAGCUACAGCUACGGGGACCACUACGUCCACGUCAAGAUCAAGAUCCCCAAGAAACUGAGCCGGAGGCAGAGGAGCCUUCUGUUGGAGUAUGCUGAGGAGGAGGAGGACGUGCAGGGCACGGUCAACGGGGUCACUCCUACAGCCAGGGCCAAGAGUAGCCAGUCCUCUGGAGGAGAGCAGCACCAGCAGCAGCAGCAGGGGAGCCAGAAAGAGGAGGGAAAGAAGGAGCAAGAUGGCUUCUUCUCCAAGCUGAAGAAAAUGUUCAGCUGACUUGACUGCCACAGGCAAGCGACCCUCAGGUCACGGACACGGCUAGUAGCAGAGCGGAGGAGCUGGUGGAUCUUCCUCCCCUCUCUUGCGGUCCCCCCUCACCCCUCGGAGGCGUAUACACAGGGGACUGGCGGCGGCGGGGGGGCACGCACAGAAAGACAGAAUAUUCUAGAAGGCUAACACGCAGUCUGGAUAGUAGACAGGCGCCCGCCUUCACACCACCCCACACCGCAACGUUUACAGACGAAAAGGCAGCAGGACGCUGGGGAACAGGAUCCCGAGUGGGCAGAGGGCGAGCUGCUUAAGGAGGAGACGGAGUUAGGCUACCUCAUGGAGGAGAGGAGGAGGUCUGUAGAAGGUGGGGGUGUUGGGUGGAGUGGUAUGGAGUGUUUGUGUGCAGUACUGUACCCCAAGUCUUUUGAAGCACUCACUUUACAUUGGGACUGACUGAGAAGUGAUUGAAUAAAUGACACAAAUAUAGGCACAGUUGUUAUUUUUCUGGUCUUCCGAUAUACUUGGUAUAUGUAUUUGAUCUAUUGUGUAAGAUAUUGCCUUUUUCCCUGUGGGAACACAGCAUGUGAUGAAGUUCAUGCCCAUUCACAGUAAAGAUGGUGAUGGAUCUGUGAUGGAAACCCUUAAUUACUAUUAUUAUAAUAUGAAUGGUAUCAAUGGUUUCUAUAAAAACCAUCAAAAAAUUGCUUGAGGAAACACAAAUCAGUGGUUGGCAGCCAAUGUGUAAAUCUGCUUUCAUGUGAAAGUGGUAGCCACCAGGUGGGGCUAGUGCACUAUACAUUGGGCCUUGUGAUAUGCGAGAAUCAAACCUAACUUGUUAAAUUUGUUUCAGUGCUGAAGAUUAAAACAAUAGCAAGCAGUGUUUAAGAUUCUGCUAUUAAAACAAUCGAGUGAUUUCAG